AUGGUUCCACCUGCAGGAGGACCAGGAACUGGUUCCACCUGCAGGAGGACCCGGAGAUGGUUCCACCUGCAGGAGGACCCGGAGAUGGUUCCACCUGCAGGAGGACCAGGAACUGGUUCCACCUGCAGGAGGACCCGGAGAUGGUUCCACCUGCAGGAGGACCAGGAACUAGUUCCACCUGCAGGAGGACCCGGAGAUGGUUCCACCUGCAGGAGGACCCGGAGAUGGUUCCACCUGCAGGAGGACCCGGAGAUGGUUCCACCUGCAGGAGGACCAGGAACUAGUUCCACCUGCAGGAGGACCAGAGGCUGGAACUAUGGGAAUUGUUUCAACUCUGGUUCUAGUUUCUGCUUCUUUUGCUAA